AUGGAUGAAAAGGCCUUCACCAAGGAGCUGGAUCAAUGGAUCGAGCAGCUCAAUGAGUGCAAACAGCUGACCGAGAGUCAGGUCAAGACCCUGUGUGAGAAGGCAAAAGAAAUUUUGACGAAAGAAUCAAAUGUCCAAGAAGUAAGAUGCCCAGUCACAGUAUGUGGAGAUGUCCAUGGACAGUUUCACGACCUUAUGGAGUUGUUCAGAAUUGGAGGGAAAUCACCAGACACAAAUUAUUUAUUCAUGGGUGAUUAUGUUGAUAGAGGUUAUUACUCAGUGGAAACUGUAACACUACUGGUUGCACUGAAGGUUCGCUACCGUGAACGUAUUACAAUUCUAAGGGGAAAUCAUGAAAGCAGGCAAAUUACACAAGUAUAUGGGUUUUAUGAUGAAUGUUUAAGGAAAUAUGGAAAUGCAAAUGUAUGGAAAUACUUUACAGACCUGUUUGAUUACCUUCCGUUAACUGCCUUAGUGGAUGGUCAGAUAUUUUGUUUACAUGGAGGAUUGUCCCCUUCAAUAGAUACACUGGAUCAUAUUCGGGCACUUGAUCGCCUGCAGGAAGUUCCACAUGAGGGUCCUAUGUGUGACCUGCUGUGGUCUGACCCAGAUGACCGUGGUGGCUGGGGUAUUUCUCCAAGAGGUGCUGGCUACACAUUUGGACAGGAUAUUUCUGAAACAUUUAACCAUGCCAAUGGCCUUACUUUGGUUUCUAGAGCCCAUCAGUUGGUGAUGGAGGGAUACAACUGGUGCCAUGACCGGAAUGUAGUAACCAUCUUUAGCGCUCCAAAUUAUUGUUACCGCUGCGGGAAUCAAGCUGCAAUAAUGGAACUUGAUGAUACUCUUAAAUACUCCUUCUUGCAGUUUGAUCCAGCACCGCGCAGAGGAGAACCACAUGUUACCCGUCGCACCCCAGACUAUUUUCUCUAA